AUGUUGAACAAGAUGACAUCGUCCCCACAGCAGCAGACCAUGAGAGGUCCUAGGUGGAACCGGGCUCUGUCGGACCCGCUGUUCGUACUGCUGCUCUUCCUCCAGCUGCUGGUGGUGGCGGGGUUGGUGCGUGCCCAGACCUGCCCGUCUGUCUGCUCCUGCAGCAACCAGUUCAGCAAGGUGAUCUGCACGCGGCGAGGGCUGCGGGACGUGCCCGAUGGCAUCUCCACCAACACGCGCUACCUGAACCUGCAGGAGAACCUCAUCCAGGUGAUCAAGGUGGACAGCUUCAAGCACCUGCGGCACCUGGAGAUACUGCAGCUCAGCAAGAACCAGAUCCGCAGCAUCGAACUCGGGGCGUUCAAUGGCCUGUCCAGUCUCAACACCCUGGAGCUAUUUGACAACCGGCUCACCACCAUCCCCAACGGGGCCUUCGAGUAUCUGUCAAAGCUCAAGGACCUCUGGCUUCGCAACAACCCCAUCGAGAGCAUCUCGUCCAAUGCCUUCAACCGUGUUCCCUCGCUACGGCGUCUGGACCUCGGGGAGCUGCGCCGGCUCUCCUACAUCUCGGACACGGCCUUCGAGGGCCUCAGCAACUUGCGUUACCUGAACUUGGGCAUGUGCAACCUGAAGGAGAUCCCCAACCUGCACCCAAUGGUGCGGCUGAGCGAGCUGGAGAUGUCGGGCAACCAGCUCACAGUUGUCAAACCGGGCUCCUUCAAGGGCCUGGUGCACCUGCAGAAGCUGUGGAUGAUGCACGCCCAGGUGCAGAUCAUCGAGAGGAAUGCGUUUGACGACCUGCAGUCUCUGGUGGAGCUCAACCUAGCCCACAACAACCUCACCCUGCUGCCCCAUGACCUCUUCACACCCCUGCACCACCUGGAGAGGGUGCAGCUGCACCACAACCCCUGGAACUGCAACUGUGACAUCCUAUGGCUCAGCUGGUGGCUGAAAGAGAUGGUGCCGGGCAACACCAGCUGCUGUGCCCGCUGCAACAACCCGCCAAGUUUUCGAGGGCGCUACAUCGGAGAGCUGGACCAGAGCAGCUUCCACUGCUAUGCGCCGGUGAUCGUGGAGCCCCCGGCUGACCUAAACGUGACAGAGGGCAUGGCGGCGGAGCUGAAGUGCCGGGCCAGCUCACUAACCUCUGUCAGCUGGAUCACGCCAAACGGCUCCAUUGUGACGCAUGGCAACUACCAAGUGCGCAUCUCUGUGCUGAACGAUGGCACGCUCAACUUCACCAACGUUACCAUGCAGGACACGGGCACCUACACGUGCAUGGUCAGUAACUCAGUCGGCAACAUCACCGCCUCGGCUACCCUCAAUGUGUCCUCCACCGAGACCAGCACCUUCACUUACUUCACCACGGUCACGGUGGAGACCCUGGAGGACGGGCACACCACUGUACCGCAGAGGGUCGGCCCCACACCUUCCUCCGGCAUCUGGGAGACCUCCACCCUGGCCUCCACCACCACCACCACCACCACCUCGGCGGCCAGACUUCCGCAGUCUACCAAGUCAACUGAGCGGCCCUACACCAUCCCCGUCACCACGCUGGGAGAGGGCCCCUUCAACGGGCUGGACGAGGUGAUGAAGACCACCAAGAUCAUCAUCGGCUGUUUCGUGGCCAUCACCCUCAUGGCCGCUGUCAUGCUCAUCAUCUUCUACAAGAUGCGCAAGCAGCACCACCAGCAGAACCACCACGCCCCGGCCCGCAGCAUCGAGAUCAUCACGGUGGAUGAGGACUGCGUGCCCAGCGGCCAGGUCAUGGAGCGCCACCUGGCCCUCGCACAGCUGGAGCACGAGCACCUCAACCACUACAACUCCAACUUCAAAACCCCCUACAACCACGUGUCCACCAUUAACUCCAUACACAGCUCAGCGCAUGAACCUUUGCUAAUCCGUGCAGGCUCCAAAGACAAUGUACAAGAGACCCAGAUCUGA